AACUUUGAGGUCGCAUUGUCCUUUACUGGUAGUAAAGAUGAGGCUUGGUUUUAUCUAAUUCAUAUGCGUAUUGAGCUUGCAGCUGCACCAGGUAUCCAAGCUGUCGUUGAUUGCAUUGAAGCAAUCAAGAAAGAUGAUCAGCAAGAAGUAAUGCGUUGCCUCAAGAUUGUCACUGAUUGCAUAUCUAGUAUGACAGGCAUUAUGAAAGAGAUGUACCAAGAAUGUAAUCCAAGUGUUUUUUAUAACAAGUUGCGAGUCUUUUUUUCUGGAAGUAAGGAAGGAAUACAGUAUGAGGGUACUGAAGAUCCUGACACAUGGCGAACAUAUCCUGGUGCAAGUGGUGUCCAAAGUUCAAUCAUUCCAUUAUUUGAUAUAUUUUUAGGCAUUGAACUUGAAGGUGGUACUAAAAGUUUUUUGGAUGGAAUGAAAAUUCGUAUGCCACUUGAGCAUCGUCAGUUUCUAACCGACAUAAAAAAUGAAUACAAGAAAGAUGAAUUUUCACAUUCCAUUUUGAGGACCUAUGUACAGCUUCAUUCAUGCAGCAAGGACGCUUACAACAGUUGUGUAAUCGCCUUGGUAGCCUUUCGACAAGAACACAUUGACCUUGUGACAAAUUAUAUUUCUAAGCCGAGUAAUGAUACUGCUACAGAAGGAACUGGAGGGUCUUCACUAAAAAUAUUUUUAACAAAACCAAUAGAAAAAACUGAAUCAUUUAAGCUCUAG